ACAAAACACGCUUCCCCGCCGCUCCACAGUGUCCAUGGUGACGAACGCAAACCGGAGCUCAUCGGCGCUCUUUUCAAACCUCCUUACCGCGAAAACAACUCAACUACAGACUUCUUCGUCAACUACAAUCGACGGAGAAUAAAAUAUAAAGCCAAAUUGUACAUCUAAUGACAGUCGGUGGCUUCAAACUAGACAUUUAUGCCGGUGACGGUGCGCGAAGUUGACGUUAGUUAGGCUAACGUUAGCUAGCUGUCAGAAAAGCAGACUAACACCAAUCAAGAGCCUCAUCAUCGCAGCCAUGAACAGCAGCGUGGAAAGAAAGUUCGUCAAUCUGAGGAAGCGUCUGGACCAGCUCGGCUACAGACAGCUGCUCGGGAUAGAGUCUCUGCCGCUGGUGGAGAAACUGUUCAGUGACCUGGUCCACACGACUGAGAGCCUGCGUAACGCCAAACUGUCCGCGGGUAAAACUGAGAAAGAGAGCCGAAACUUUGACGCCCUCCUGGAGCCGUACAGGACGGAGAACGCUCGAGCCAUCCGGGAGAACAACGAGCUGCACGUGGAGCUCCUCAAGCUGAAGGAGGAGAAGGACCGGGUCACCAGAGAGCUCAAGACCCACAUCCGAAAGCUGGACCACGACACGUCCGACCUGAAGUUCUUAAAUAAUCAGUAUGUGCACAAAGUCCGCUGCAUGGAGAAGGACAGCAAAGCCAAAGCUGAGCGCAUCCAGCAGCUGCAGGAGAAGAACAUGCAGGCCGUGGUGCAGACUCCAGGAGGGAAGAAGCGCAGCAUCCCCUUCAGACGUCAGAGGAUGCAGAUCGAUGAACUCAUACCUUCCUCCUCCUCUUCAUCGUAUCCCGUCUCUCAGCCUGAUGAUCCGUAUGUAGCUGACAUGCUGCAGCUGGCAGACGGGAGAAUUCACGAGCUGCAGGAAGACAUCAUUAAGGUGAAACUGAACCUGGAGAAUGCACAGGAGUACAUCAAACACUUAAACACUCAGGUGGAGGAGCGAGACAAAGAGAUCGACCGUCUGAAUCGUGCUCUUCAUGGAGGUCGACCUCAUGAUGUCAUUUCCCUGGAGGCUCAGAACACCAGCAACGAGAAACUCAUCUCACAUCUCAACCUUCAGAUUGAAUACCUGCAGGAGGCGAACAGGACUCUGGAGCAGAAGGUGGAGGGGCUGCAGCAGAAGAAGAAGGACGCCUCCUCCGAAGUGGCCAACCUGUCUCUGAAGAACCUGGAGCUGUGUGAGGAGCUGACACACAUCGAUGACCUCGCCAAGCGGUUGGAGAUGGACAAGGAGCGAGUGUUGGAGACGGCCGACAUGGAGCUGCUAGAAGCUAAAAAAGAAAUACUCAGGCAGCAGAAAAUCAUCGAAGACCUGGAGGAUAUUCUCACAAAAACAAGAAGAGUAUGUAAAGAAUGUAAUUCUUACUCGAAGCGUACCUGUCCUGUGUUGUGUUUAAACACUGCACCUGUUGUUAAUGUCUGUGUUCAGGUGCAGUCUGAAGGCGACUUUGAGAAGGACCGCCUGAGAGACGAGCUGGAGGAGCUCAAACAGCAGAACCAGAAGAUGGAGGGACUCGUGAACUUCCUGGAGGAGGAGAAAAUCCGUCUGCAGGACAAAGUGGAGAAAACGAUGACAGCUGACAGAGAUCUGGUUCUGGAGCUGGAAACUCUGCGGGCCAAACAUGGCGUCUGUGGGAGGGAGCGCUCCCCGUCACGUCUGGAUGCUUUCGUUAAGAGUCUGGAGGAGGAGAGGGAUCACUAUCGCCAGGAGGCAGAGCGCUACAAGAGAGCGAGGGGGGCUGGUGGACUGGAUUCAAGCCCCAGUCGGAGUCCAGUGAGAGGCAGGAGUCCUCGCUCCAAAGGGACGAGGGGCGGUGCUGCAGAGUCGGAGCUGCUCCGUGUGCUGAAGGAGAGAGACGAGCUGAAAGCCGCUCUGCUGGACUUUGAGAAGCACAUGGAGGGCAUCCAGAACAACGUGAAGGUCCUCAGCACGGAGAGAGAGCACUUUAAGAAGCUUUUCAAACAGGCUCAGGACGAGCUGCAGCUGACCCGUCGCUCUGAUCUGACUCCUGAGCUCCUGAACCUGAAGGAGGAGGUCAGACAGGCGGAGUUAAAGCUGCAGCAGGUGACGGCUGAGAGAGACACGCUCAUAGAGAGACUGGAGGUGUCUCAGGCCUCGGCUCUCUCAGACAGACAGGGCGAGGACAGGAGGAUUCAGGACCUGGAGAACGCCGUCAAGAGUUUGGAGCGGGAGAGGCUGGACCUGCGCUCUCAGGUGUGUCUGCUGAAGGAGAACAGGGAGGCUGCAGAGGAAGAGCUGAAGGUUCGGUGUGCGGCUGUGAUGCAGAGCUCAGAGGAGGUCACGCAGCAGAGGGCGGAGUCCAAUGCUCUCAGACUUCUUCAGGAGCAGAUGGAGCAGUCACUGUCUGACACCCAACACAGGCUGUCAGUGAAGAUGAACGAGCUGCACGCUGCUCACGAGCAGAUCGACAAACUGGAGAGGAGGAUCGAGGAGCUGAGUCAGCGGGGCUUGAAGCACGCGGAGGAGGUGUCGGCUCUGCAGAAAUCCAUCUCUACCCUGGAUCGAGAGAAAGACGCUCUGCAGGACGAGGUGGAUCAGAAGACGGAAAAACUGGUCGUGCUCCAGGAGGAGUUCUCUAAGAAGGAGAAGACGGUUGAAGACGUCAGACUCACAGUCACAAACAUGGACAACGCUUUAGCCCAGCUGCAGGGGGCGCUAAACAGCCGCGAGAGGGAGAUCAGCAGCCUGAGGAGGCAGCUGGAAGCGAGUCAGGAGGAGCUGAAUGGACUCAAGAGGGACAAAGAGAUCACCGUGAGGGAGAACCGGAGGCUGCAAGACGACCUGGCUACAAUGACCCGAGAGAACCAGGCCGUCCACGUGGAGAUGGAGGAGGCUCUGCAUGAGAGGGACCAACUGAAGAUGAGGGUCCACUCCUACAUCUCUGAAGUGUCCCGGAUAGAAAAGCUGAUGGCUACAAAGGAGCAAGAGAACAGGGACCUGCUGGAGCGCUUCAGGACGUUCCACACUGAGGUGGAGCAGCAGGAGCAGAAGUUACAGCAGGCGGAAGGUCUGAACAGCUCCAUCCGCCUGGAGCUGCUGUCGUCCGACACCGAGCGACGACACCUGAGGGACACUGUGGGACAUCAGGAGAGAGAAAUCCAGCAGCAUUCUCAGGCCCUGCAGGCGUACGAGGCUCAGGUCUCGUCGCUGGUUCGAGGGAUGUCCAGACUGGAGGAGGAGCUGCACAGAGCGCAGGAGGAGAAAGCGUCCCUCCUCUCAGAUCUGGCCUCUGUCAGGGAGCUCUGCGUCAAACUGGACUCCAGCAAGGAACUCACGUCCCGUCAGCUCACCUCCAGGAGCAUGGAUCUGGAGCGGCUGACAGGAGAGCUGGAGGACGUUCGCUCUGAAGCCGAGCUGCUGAAGAAACAGCUGACCAGUGAGCGGCUGACCGUCCGUAACCUGGAGACGCUCCUCUCGUCCAAUCGGCACAAAGAGUUCCAGACGCACCUGACGGCCAGCGAGAGAGAGUCGGAGCUGAAGGUGCUACGAGACCGGCUGACGCUCGCCGACAGCAAAACUGUGGAGCACAGCAGAGAGGUGUCUCAGCUUCGGGGUAAACUCUCUCAGCUCCAGACGGAGAUGGACGUCCUGAAGAGACAGCUGACUUCUGAGCGCUUUGAACGAGAGCGGGCCGUUCAGGAGAUGCGCAGACAGGGUCUGUCCUUCUCCUCGCUGCCUCUCAGCAGCUCCACCAGUCCUCACCACACCUCGUCUGAGCGCUCCAUCCUCCGGAGCCUCAACAGAUCCUCGGACAGAUCAGCUGACAGGAGCGUGAGCUUCAAGGAUUAACAACCAGAGACCUGAGCGAGGGCGUCGAUCGGUUCAGUGAGUCACAAAGGAUGAGAAGCCGUUCCUUCUUUUCACGAGUCUGGACACGAACUGAGACGACUUCCUGAAACCUCCGAAUUCAUCCAACUGAAGCUCAUCUCAGCGCCCCUUUGUGCUGCAGGUAAUCACACCUGGAGCGUCACUGAAGCUGAAGGACAUGCAGGAACACAAACAAACACUCUUUCUUCUCAGACGAGCGUCCUCUCGGUGUGUAUGUCAGUAAAUCAGAGUAAGGGUCCAAACUAAAGCAUCAAAUGAAGAACUUGUUCACUCCUGUGGUUAUUCUGCUCAUAUUCAUGUUUUUAAUAAUGUUUAAAUUAUUAAAUUAUUAAAAAAAUAAAGCAACAAACGUGUAAAAUAGAAAC